AUGCCGGAGGGCGUUCAACAAGGGGAGGCGGGGGAGUCGGCGAAAGGGAACCCGAGCUUCGUAGGCACUGCGCUGUCGCAAGUCGUGAAGCUGUUUCUUCUAUCCCAGCUAGAGUCCUGCGACGAUCUGAGUGUGACUGUAUCAGGGUCUAACCGAGAGCUCCUUUCAGGGCGAAUUGUUGCAGUCAAUCUGUCUGCGCGAGGGGCAGUGUACAAGGGUGUGAGGCUGACGUCAGUGCACGUGGCAGCAGCAAACAUUGCAGUGGACGCCAGGGGCCAGGCACAGUCUGGCAGUUUCUUGUGCCACAAGUUUCCGGUGCAUGUCAAAGCACUUGUGUCUGAAGGUGACUUCAAUGAAAGCCUUCAAAAUCCUGCUUUCCAUAAACCGUUGAGCAAUCUUCUCUCUCUCAGUUUGCCACUGGAGCCUUCGUCACUUAGGGUUAGGUUCAGUGACGGCUCGUUGCACCUCUACUCCCCCAAUGCUCCUUCUCUUCGACUCACCCCGAAGCUCUGCCCUCGCGGCAGGAGUCUUGAGUUUGAUCGCAGAACUGUCAACGGGGUCAACUCAUACCAAAACCGCAACGGUUUCAACGCUUAUCUCGACGACUAUGCGACAGACGAUAGAACCAACGAGCUGCCUGAUGUUAGCAUCGGCACCAGGGCGGUCAAAAUCGCCUCUACCCCGUCUGCGACGGGUGACAGUCGCACAACGUCGCAUGGCUUGUCGCACGACGGCGAGUCUGUUCGUAAGGGAUCGCCGUUCAAGCUGCGACCAGACCUCGCGGUAGAAAGCGGCGGCGACGAGUACGGCGACGGAGAGAACGAGCAGAAGGAAGACGGGACCGCGGGUAGCGGCGGCGAUAGUGGCGCGAAUAGCGGCGGGGAUGACGGCGGACAAGACGGCAAGGAUAACGGCGGGGAUGACGGCGGGGAUGGCGGAGAGGGAAGCGCAGACAAGGAUCCAAGCCCUGCCGGGGAUGACGGCGGGGAGGGCGGAACAGGUGAUUACGGGGAUCUGGACGUCGACGGUGAUAGCAGCAGUGGUGGCGGAGCCGCCGCAAAUGGCGGCGAGGCUAGUAGCGAUGGCGGCACCGGGGACGACGGUGGAGGGGGAGUGGGGGGGAAGCAGGCCGAAUCUCCCCCAAGCCUUUCUCCGCCAACGCCCGCCCCCCCCUCACUUUCCGCCAAACCGCUCCCAUUGCUACCGCUACCUUCGCGCUCUCCCCCCGCUAAUCCGCCCCCAUCCAAAUCGCCCUCUCCUCCGCCAAAGCCAGCUUCCCCUCCGCUGAAGUCUCCGCCCCCGUCCCCUCCGCCAAAAUCGUCCCCCUCUUCCCCUUCGCCGAAGUCUCCGCCCCCUUCCCCUCCUUCGUCCGCCUCACCAUCCUCUGCUACCGUGCUGUCAUGGGGGGGGUUUAAGCUUGGUACUGCUGGUGCCCGGGACAGCAGCAGCUCUGGCAGCACUGGUAGCAGCGUUUGGAGGGGCGGGAACGGCGUCGCUGUUGCUGCUGCUGUUGAUGAUGGUGGUGGUGAUGGUGAUUAUGGGGCGACUGGUGGUGCUGACUCUGGCUUGGAUGAUGUGGGAGGGUAUGAUAUCGAUGGUGAUUAUAGUGACGGGGGCAGCAGCCACGGGGAUAGUGAUGCGACCAGUAACGGAGGCAGUGAGGCAGGCAGAGAAGGGGGCAAUGAGGGGGACACUGACGGUGGUGGCAGUGCGGAUGGUGGUAGUGCGGAUGGUGGUGGGGACGCAACGCCUGUGUCCUCCCCCCCCGCUGGCCUCUGGUGGCAGUCGUUACUAGACGCCGGGGGGAGUUAUGGGGGGGACGGGCUAGCGGGAUACUCGGAUGGGGGCGCGGAAGGGGGCGGGGACGGCGGAGAUGGGGCGGGGGAGGGGGGCGAGGGGAGGGAGGGGGGUGAGGUGGGUGUGCGGGAAGCGGCGGUUGACUAUAACGAAAGUGACUCUCAGGGUGAUGAUGAUGGUGCUGAUGACAACGCAAGUGACGACGACGCUUAUAACGGGUUCGAUCUAGACGGAGGUGAAGAUUCCCAGCCUUUGGAUGGUUCCAACGCUGUUACCAUUGCUGCCGGCGCAGGGGCAGACAAUGCUUCUGACAGUGCUGCUGGUGGCGUCACAGAAAGCAGUGGCAGCAGCAACAAGUACAGUGCUCUAGGGAAUUCUCAAAAGCAGCCUGUCGCCAAGGGUGCUGAUGGUAGUGGCGAUGGCGGCGGUGGCGGCAGUGGUGGAGGCGGCAGCAGCGACAGUGCGGAUUACACGAGCGACGCCGGAGAUUACAAGGACAGCCAAGGGGAGCGCGACGACGGCAGCGUCAACGCCAUCGAUUACCUGCAAACCGGCAACGAUGGCUCCUUUGACGACUCGGACUACUACAACCACUCCCCUGGAGAUGCUUCUAACCACAGCAGCCAUACCCUCGUCCCAAUCUCCACGGAGUCUUUGGGCCUUCGAGCCACCUUCACGCCUCAACCCAGCAGCGGCGGCAGCGGCGGCAGGCACGGCCCCUCCUCCUCUCCUAGCUCUUCCCCCCACCCCCCCAGCAGCAGCAGCAGCAGCCACAUGAAGAUUCCCGCCCCUACCGCCCCUACCGCCCCUGCCCCCCCCGGUUUCCACAACAAAGCCCCGAAGCCCCCUGCAACGGGGGACAGGGGAAAGAGCAGCGGCAGCAGCGGAGGGAGAGGAGAGGAGGGCGGUGGUGAGUCGGGAGGGAGUGGAGGUGGAGGGGGUGGAGGUUGGGAGGGGGCUUCGGGCGGAGAGAGUGUGGCUCAGCUGUAUCUGCUGCCUCGGAACGAGUCACGGGCGAGGUGCCUGGACGGCAGGCUUCUCUGCAAGGUGAGGGAGAGAGAGAUACGGGUGGAGAGGUUUGAAGGAGGAGGGGUAGCACCACUGAAGGAGGUUCGGGCGAUCCGAGCACUCUGUUCUAUCUACAUGGGACACUGGAACCUGCAGGCUUCCUUGCAAGACCUGCUAGUGAAGCGCGGCAUGAGUCAGGGAACAGACGCGCUGGUGGGCGGGUGCAGCGCGGGGGCGGUGGCGGUGUCGAUGGUGUGCGACCCCAUUGCUGCGUGGCUCGCCCGCUACCGCAUGCGCACCAAGUGCUUCAUGGACGCGGGGGUCUUCCCAGACGUGGUGGACUACUACGGCCAGCGCUCGCUGCGGCGCAAGGUGCAGCGCAUGGCGGGCGCGCAGAACAUCAACCGCGCCGGCAUCAGCUACUCCUGCAAGCAAUCCCUGGGCAGCAGCAAGGAGGCGUGGAAGUGUUUCUUCCCGGAGUACAAUCUCAACUUCGUGCGCACGCCCAUGUUCCUCGUCAACUCGCUGCUCGACUACAAGGCCGUCGCCGUCGCACUCGCUCUCGCUCUCCUUGCAGCAAAAUUCUUCCUUCACCCUCAUUCCCCUUCCUUCUCCCUCCUUCUCUCUCCUUCCCCCUCCUCCUUCCCCCUCCUUCCCUCCUUUCCGCCUCCUCCUCCCUCCUCUCCCAUCCUCCCCCACCCCCAUCCCAAUAACAGCCCUGGGCAGCAGCAAGGAGGCGUGGAAGUGUUUCUUCCCGGAGUACAAUCUCAACUUCGGGGGAGUGGAGGAAGGGGGGUUGGAGAGUGGGGUGGUGUUGGUGACGUGAUGAGCAGCGGCGGUGACGGCGGCUUUGGCAGCAGCGGUGGUAGGGAAACCACUUUGGAAGGGACGUUCACUGACUGGUACUUUUCAUGA